GUGAAUGUCAUAUCUGGAAUGCUAGACAUGUCGGCUUUGCAUGCAGUUGAUAUCGAACGUCUUCGUGCACUGUGCUCUCGUGGGUUGUCAGAUACCCCUCCGUGGCUCAGACCCAAGGUGUGGAGGUUACUUCUGGGUUAUCUUCCGACUGAGAAGACAAAAUGGCCCGAGGAGAGCAAGAAGAGUCGGGAGAACUACUACGAACUUGUCCGUCGGUUACUCGAGCCGUUCUCUGAUCUCCCGCCACCGACAAAGCCCCUUGCGCCGAUGGAUUCGUCGUUGAUGGCGUCAUCCAAGGAACUGUCUCAAGUACCCUCAGCUCUGAUGACUGCUCUACAGGAACCUCCAGAAGCACUGGAUCAACGUCCACUUGAUGAAGCGGCUUCGAAAGACAUCCGCAUUGCUUGCGCACAGAAUUUGGAUCGCCGUCUUCGUGUAAUCCGAGAACUGGAGUUGAAGGGUGCUGAGUCAUCGGAUGCUACCCCAGAAAUCCGCCUAGAAAGUAUGCCGGAAAUACGUUUGGACGCAGCGGAGGCGUCGUCCGACGAAGAGGAUGGCCAGACCUCAAAUGCUGCGCCCUCGUCGGUUCCUGGUUCUCCGGCGUCCGCACUUUCUGCGCUGUCGACCACUCUGCUUCCCUCGCGGUCAUUCGGAGCACACCAGAAGCAUGUGUCGGCUCUACUGCGGCUUCUCUACAUCCAUGCGUCUCUCAACCCUGCCAACGAAUCUCCGCACAUUGCUUCGCUGUUGGUUCCAGUCUACUCUGCUUUGGUAGAAGAGAUGGUACCGGAUGACGCUGCGCACGUCGAAGCGGACGCAUUCUGGCUAUUCGAGGCAAUCAUAGGGGAACUUGAUGAUCUCAAUGACGUCGAAGGUGGUCGGAUAUGGACACAGAAGUUCAGCGCGAGGCUGAACUGGGCUGAUCCUGAAUUAGCAGAGGAUCUGCAAAUCAAAGGGUUGGACCCCGCACUUCCUCAUUACUCCUUCCGAUGGCUCGUACCUGUCCUCACCCAUACGCUACCACUGCCCUCGGUACUCAUGGUGUGGGAUGCUCUACUCUCCCGACCUAUGAGGCAACGCGACCUCAAUGCGAAGCUAGAGUAUCUCGUCGAUAUUUGUACCAGUAUGCUGCUUCGCACAAGGGGCAUAUUGUUGCGGCUGGGUAGAUCUGGGAGUCAUAACCCAACUUUAUGGUCAAUCGGAAAUCCUGCUGCCUAUACAACACCACUCGAUCCUCGCGAGCUCGAGGAUGCUUUUGCGGAAGGCAUGACAUUCCUGCAGCAAUAUCCGAUCGAGGCAGCUGGAGGUAUUGAAGCUAUCCUACAGGCUGCAUACGACCUGUCGCUGCGCCGUGACGCCGAGCGGACUACCACAAGGGUGCCCAAUACCGGUUUCGGUGCUAGGUUACGAGAUACUGUAUGGAGGGGUUUUGCCACCCAAGCACCGAUCGCCGAGUCACAUCAUGAGGACCACGAGAGUGAUCAUUCAGACAGUGACUAUGAUGAUGAUGAACCACAAGCUCUUGUCGCGCAAGGACAAACGCUGGCGGCUCGUUUGACUGACACGGUGUGGAGGGGUAUAUCUAACGAAAGCGCCAUGGAGGCUCCACCAUCACCCACUAUGCCAUUAUCGCCCUAUCCUUCUUCUCCUGAACCAUCGUCGAAGGCUCUACCUAACCCGCCGUUAGAAGAACCACCGGAAGCAAGCACGAGAUCAUCGAACAGAUCCUCGAUGUGGGGCUAUGCCGAGAAGUUGAAAGAGUCUGACGCAGCUGCUACAUUGGCUAAAGUCAGCACUAAUUGGAGGGUAAAGGCGCUGGACGUAUGGAACAAGCGGCCAAGUGGUGGCCCAUCCACUUUUCUUGCUCCCCCUUCGACCUCGCAUACUCCUCCCGAAAUUGGUACGCGACGUGCUUCAUUCACUCAGGAUUCGCUA